AUGAAUUUAUUCUGCGGAAUUUUAUUAACGGCCUUAGCCGUCACCACUGCCUGCGACAAAUCAUGGACGGCCAAGGAGUCAGACGCUAAGCAGUACUUCACACUCGACUUGGGCCACCCAAUGAACAUUUCCAGCAUAGUGACCCAAGGAAGAGACAAUCAUGGAGAAUUCGUCCUGGAAUACUCUAUCAGCUACGGGUUCAAUGAUCUUGACUAUCAGAUCUACAAAGACCACCAGGGAAACAUCAAGGUAGAAUUGCUGGUAUCUGCUCAAAAAAAUAGCUUUUGCAAAAGCGCGUGGACGCCCAGUGAUAAUUCGUACAACCAGCAUCUCACUCUGGACCUGGGGGACAGAGUUGAGAUAAGGAGUAUUCAGACACGGGGAAGAGCCAACACCAGGGAGUUUGUCACUGAGUUUAUUGUCGAGUAUUCUGAUGAUGGGCAAGCUUGGACUACUUAUGAGAUUUCCGAUGUGGUGCACUUUGACGGAUCUUCACUGAUUCGACAGGACCUGCAGCGUGAGAAAAUAGAAACAGACCGGCAUGCAGUUCGAUUUAGAUUCAAGACUAACCACGCCGACGGAGUUAUCGCUUACUCCCGCGGCACCCAGGGUGACUACAUCGCCGUGGAGAUGAGAGACAACAAGAUGCACAUGAACAUUGAUCUGGGCUCGGGAAUCCCUACUAGUUUGUCUGUUGGCAGCCUUCUGGAUGACAAUAUGUGGCACGACGUCCAGAUCUUCAGAAAUAGAAGGGACAUUUCUUUCUCCGUCGACCGAGUUGUUGUCAAGGGACGUGUCAAGGGUGAUUUCCACCGGUUAGAUCUCAACCGAGCGUUCUACAUAGGAGGAGUUCCCAAUAAACAAGAAGGCCUGAUGGUAACCCAAAAUUUCACUGGCUGCAUCGAGAACUUUAUGUUAAACAAAACGAACAUAAUCCGUGACAUGAAAGAUGUUGAAGCAGCAGAGGGGGCGCUGACUCUUAAUUCUCGGUUCUUUAAGAACCGCGUGAUCUAUGGGUGUCCGGAACCGCAGAUUGUUCCAGUAACUUUUGUCAAACCUGAUAGCUUUGCAACCCUUUCUGGGUAUGAUCGUUCUAAUACUUUGAAUGUUUCUUUGGCUUUUCGAAGCUAUGAAGAAAAAGGAUUGAUAAUGUAUCAUAAGUUUGCGUCAGAUGGAUUUGUUAAGCUGUUUCUAGAAAACGGUCGGAUAAAGGUCCAGAUCCUGACCCCAGGUAACCCCGAGACAAUAUUAGACGACUACGACGACAGUUUUAACGACGGAAAGUGGCACCAGGUGAUCUUGACCAUAUCCAAAAACAAAAUAAUUCUGAACGUCGACGGACGUCCAAUGAAUACCAAGAGACUGUUGAACAUGCUAACUGGGUCCAAGUACCUGAUCGGUGGAGGUCUUCUAGGACAAGGUCGCGGAGACCGCGGUUUCGUAGGAUGCAUGCGACAGAUCAGUAUUGAUGGGAUCAUCAAGCUGCCGACGAAUUGGAAGCCUGAGCAGUUUGAAGGAACCAUCAUCAUGGACGCUUGCCAAAUGCUGGAUAGGUGCAAUCCUAAUCCGUGCAAGCAUGACGGAAUUUGUACCCAGACCUCUGAUCAGUUCCACUGCAACUGCGAGCAUACUGGUUACUCUGGAGCUGUUUGCCAUAUCCCGGAGUAUCCACUGUCCUGCGAAGCUUACAAGAAUUCAAAUGCGGGGAACCAACGCGUGGAAAUAAAGAUUGAUGUUGACGGCAGCGGACCCUUGGACCCCUUCCCGGUAACCUGCAUGUUCUAUCCGGAUAAAAGUGUAGUAACUAUCGUGAGACACAGCAACGAGUUACCAACGCCGGUGGAAGGCUACGAGGAACCUGGUAGUUUCCAGCAAGAGAUUUCUUAUGACGCUGACUUCGACCAGAUCACUGCUCUGAUGAACCGCUCGACCUCUUGCCGCCAGCAUAUUAAUUACGCCUGCAAACACUCUCGGCUGUUCAACACUCCCGUGGAUCCAAACGCCCCGUUUCGUCCGAACUCAUGGUUUGGGGAUACUGGAACUGCCUUGGAUGAAAAAGAGGGACGGUAUACUCUUGGUCCCCUUGAAUGUCAAGGAGAUAAUGCAACAAUCGACCUCCCUACUUUCGACAUGGGCCACGAGGGCGACAUCUACUUCGAGUUCAAAACAACAACCCCUAACGCAGUGAUCAUCCACAGCACCGGGCCCACCGACUGGAUAAAAAUAUCAAUAAACUCAGGCAAGCAAAUCCAGUUCAACUACCAAGCCGGGGACGGACCUCGCACUGUCAGUGUCCAGACCUCCAAUACCCUCAACGACGACAACUGGCACUCAGUGUCUGUCGAGAGGAACCGCAAGGAGGCCAAGAUUACCCUCGACGGAGCUUUGAAAAACGAGAUUCCGGAGCCCGCGGGUCCCGUUCGUGCUUUACAUCUUACCUCGCAGUUCGUAGUGGGCGCCACCACUAACUACCGGGACGGAUACGUUGGGUGUAUUCGGGCCCUGCUGCUCAACGGAAAGCUCCAGGAUCUCAAGUCUUACGCAGAUCGCGGGACUUACGGCAUUGGCCAAGGCUGCGUUGGAAAGUGUGCUAGCAAUCCUUGUCUCAACAACGGAACUUGUAUUGAGGCUUACGACCAAUACGAGUGCAAUUGCCGGUUCACUGCUUUCAAGGGUCCAAUCUGCGCGGAUGAAAUUGGUGUGAACUUAUCACCAAGCUCCAUGAUUCGUUACGACUUUUCCGGAAGCUGGCGUUCAACCUUAUCCGAGAACAUCAGAGUCGGAUUCGUGACCACAGAACCCCACGGCUUUAUUCUGGGUCUGUUCUCCAACAAAACAAAAGAAUACAUGACAAUAUCCGUGUCUAACAGUGGAAAGCUAAGAAUAGUCUUCGAUUUUGGGUUCGAGCGUCAAGAGUUUUUCUACGGGGACAGAACCUUCCACCGGGGGCAGUACCACGACGUGAGAGUCCAAAGGAAGAACUCUGGAGCGACAAUGGUGGUGACUGUCGACGGAAAUGAGCCCAUUGAGCAGCACUACGACAUAAAGGCGUCAGCUGACGCCCAGUUCAACAACAUCGAGUACAUGUACAUCGGCCGUAACGAGUCGAUGACCGAAGGGUUCAAAGGCUGCGUCUCCAGGGUCCAGUUCGACGACAUCUAUCCCUUGAAGCUGUUCUUCCAACAAAACAGGCCCAGCUAUAUCAGGUCCAUUCACAGCGACGUUCCAGAGAACACUUGCGCUGUAGAACCUACCACUCAUCCUCCUGAUGUCGUGGAGACUCGCCCGCCACCUGUCGUCGACGAGGAAAAGGUUCGCGCAGCCUACAACGAGACUGACACCGCCAUUUUGGGAGGAAUUCUCACACUAAUACUCUUGGCGCUUAUCGUAAUGGCCGUUUUGAUUGGCAGGUACAUGUCCAGGCACAAAGGCGAGUACUUGACGCAAGAAGAUAAAGGCGCUGAGCUCGCUCUUGAUCCUGAUAGCGCUGUUGUUCAUUCUGCUACUGGCCACCAGGUUCAGAAGAAAAAAGAGUGGUUUAUUUAG